GCGCGGGCGAGCCAGGCACGGUCCGCGCCCCACACGGGGGUUUCCGCAGCUCGCGGGCGGGGCCGGAAGAGGAAGUCGGCGCUGCCGUGGCGCCCGAGCGGCACAGCUGUCCCGGACGAGCGCGCCGGGCCCCCGAGGCAGCGCGGAGACACGAGCGGAGCCUCCCCCGCCGAGCCGAUGGGACCGCAGCGGCGGCUGCCCCCGGCCGCGACCGUCCUGCUCUGGGGCGUCGUGCUCCGGCUGACAGCAGCUCAGGAAGCAAUCCUGCAUGCGUCUGGAAAUGGCACACCUUUACCAUCUAAGGACUACUGCAUGCUGUAUAACCCUCAUUGGACAGCUCUUCCAAGUACGCUGGAUAAUGCAACUUCCAUUAGUUUGAUGAAUCUGACCUCCACACCACUAUGCAACCUUUCUGAUAUUCCUCCUGGUGGUGUGAAUAACAAAGCAGUUGUGGUACACUGGGGAACCUGCCAUUUUCUUGAAAAAGCCAGAAUUGCACAGACAGGAGGUGCUGAAGCGUUGUUGGUUGUCAAUAACAGUGUCCUAUUUCCUCCCUCAGGGAACAGAUCUGAAUUUCAUGAUGUGAAAAUAUUGAUUGCAUUUAUAAGCCAUAAAGACUUUCAAGAUAUGAAGCAGACUCUUGGAAAUAACAUUACCGUGAAAAUGUAUUCUCCAUCAUGGCCUAACUUUGAUUAUACUAUGGUGGUUAUUUUUGUAAUUGCUGUGUUUACUGUGGCAUUAGGUGGAUACUGGAGUGGACAAAUUGAAUUGGAAAACUUGCAGGCAGCAGCAAACACCAACAAUAGAGAAAUGAAGAAAAAGAAGGAAGAAUAUUUAACUUUUGGUCCCCUUACAGUUGUAAUAUUUGUGGUCAUCUGCUGUAUUAUGAUAGUGUUACUUUACUUCUUCUACAAAUGGUUGGUUUAUGUUAUGAUAGGAAUUUUCUGCAUAGCAUCAGCAAUGAGUCUGUACAACUGUCUUGCUGCAUUAAUUCAUAAGAUACCAUGGGGACAAUGCACGAUUACAUGUCAUGGAAAAAGCAUUGAAGUGAGACUUAUUUUUCUCUCUGGACUGUGCAUAGCAAUAGCUGUUGUUUGGGCCGUAUUUCGAAAUGAAGAUAGGUGGGCUUGGAUUUUACAGGAUAUCUUGGGGAUUGCUUUCUGUCUGAAUUUAAUUAAAACACUGAGGCUACCAAACUUCAAGUCAUGUGUGAUACUUCUAGGCCUUCUCCUCCUCUAUGAUGUAUUUUUUGUUUUCAUAACACCAUUCAUCACAAAGAAUGGUGAGAGUAUCAUGGUUGAACUUGCAGCUGGACCUUUUGGAAAUAACGAAAAGUUGCCAGUUGUCAUCAGAGUGCCAAAGCUGAUCUGUUUCUCAGUAAUGAGUGUGUGCCUCAUGCCUGUUUCAAUAUUGGGUUUUGGAGACAUUAUUGUACCAGGCCUGUUGGUUGCAUACUGUAGAAGAUUUGAUGUUCUGACUGGCUCUUCUUCUGUAUACUAUGUUUCCUCCACGAUUGCCUAUGCCGUUGGCAUGAUACUUACAUUUGUUGUGCUGGUGCUGAUGAAGCAGGGACAGCCUGCACUCCUCUAUUUAGUACCUUGUACACUUAUUACUGCCUCAGUUGUUGCUUGGAGACGUAAGGAAAUGAGAAAGUUCUGGAAAGGUAACAACUAUCAGAUGAUGGAUCAUCUGGACGAUGCAACAAGUGAAGAACAUCCUGUCACCGCCAACGAAUAGAGUGUCCAGCAUCAAUAGUAUGUGGACCUGCAAUCAUGUGUCAUUGAUUUUCUACAAACAGAAUCUGACUUUUUAAAUCAACUUUUGAACUGACAGUCUGAAAGAAUCAUCAAUGACAUGCUUGCAAGCAUAUAUUUUUAUGAUCUGGUACUGAAAAUUACAUCAUAAAUAACGAAAAUACAUUUCCUUUUCAUAUUGUUAAAGUUGUGCCUUCACAUUAAUAAAAGCAUAUUGUCUGUGUAGUUACUGA